UUUGUUGGUUGUUAUGAAACAGUUGAAUCAUUCGAUAAACUACCUAAUGAUAAUCAAAUAAUGGUUCCUUUAACACCAUCACUUUAUGUACCAGGUCGUACAGUAAAUAAUAAUGAAUUCCUGUUGGAUAUUGGUACUGGUUAUUAUAUUGAACGUGAUCGUAAAUCAACAAUCGAUUAUUUUAAUCGUAAAGUUCAAUUUUUAAAUACACAAAUGGAUAAAAUUGUUAAAUCGAUGCAAGAAAAAAGUGCCGUUCGACAAAGCUGUCUUCAACGACAACAACAAUUGAUAAUGGCACAAAUUGCUGCUCAACAACAACAACAACAAUCAACUGCAGGUCAACCAAAACAAAUACCGAUGGCCAAAUCAUAAUCCAUCAAUUUGAUUCAUAUUAUCUUCUAUUGCAUUAAUGAAAAUACG